UAGAGAGAGGUGUUCACUAACACAAGUUCUACUGUACUUACUUUGGUACGAAAGUAAUGACAUUGCGUACAGUAUAUCAGCGAAAGAAAGACAGCACGUCUGUUAUCAUCAUUGCUUGAAAUGAAGAUAUACAUACUUGCAAUAAUUAUUGGUGCUUGUUUGGGUGAGGAGAGUAACGAUGACUUCCUCGGAACAAUACUACCCUCCCCGAAGCUUUGGUGGGCUAGACGGAUUACAAAAGAUUUUUAUACAGCUGGUAGAUUAACGGCAAGACAAAUAAAAUAUGCCCACGAGGUUGGCUUUAGAAGCAUAGUGAGUACUUUCAACUUCACAGAAUCUGAAACACUCGGGGAUGAACACUUACCUUCUGCAAAGGAGUAUGUCGAUAUUGCGCAAGAGUGCUGCGGAAUGCCAUAUAAGGCUAUUUUUCUUCCCGGGGAAGGUGUGCCUGAUGCAUCCAGAAUCGAGGUGAUACAACGAUUUUGGAAUGUCAUGCAAGAAUUUCCAAAACCGGUAUUGUUUCACUGCAAAAUUGCGUUCACUGCAUCGUUCGUUCUUCUUGCUCAUUUGGCCAACAUGACAAGACACGACAAUGCCUUCAAUCCUCAGAUAAAAAGUGCGGAUAUUUACAGAAUUGGUGCUGAAAUAGGAAAUGACUAUACAGCCGAACAUUUCCGUAAAACCAUCGCUGAAAUAACUGGAGAACCGGAAAUCGAAAAUCCACAAGUCCCUGACGCCCAACCGUUGCUUUGGAGGUAUCAUGGUUGGUUCAUUAAACCUAUUCUCAACAACUGGUUUUUCGCUGGUCAAUCUCACUACACACACCUAGAGUUGCACAAAGGCGGGGGUUUCAAAUCUAUCGUAAAUCUCAGAAGUGGAAUAAGUUAUUUGACUGAUAAGGAUAAUAAUGAGAUAAAUGAUGCAACCGAAAAUGUCAACCUAAUCAAUAUCAACGAUUACGAAGUGAUCAACAAUGUGCCGAAUGAUAGGCAAUCGCUGGAACGUCUCGCCAAUAAUCGGGUGUUUCCGGAAAAGCCGAGUAGUUAUCUUUGUGACUCUUGUCAAGACAACUUUGAGUCUUCCAACGCUCUUGAGUAUGGUGAUGAAUAUGGCUACAAUGAGCAGAAAGAGCGAGAAGCUGUCACCAAAGCAGGACUGGAUUACUACCACUUACCAGUUGAUAAUGCUGCACGUCUGAAAGUUGACACAUUCUGGAAAUACAAAGACUCAUUGAUGGAGGCAGGGAACAAAGGACCAGUCAUUAUACACUCUGGCUCAGGCCACAGGGCAGUUGUAUUUGGAAUACUUGCUGCCGGGUACCAGUAUGGCAAAGAUUCAGCGUGGGCCCUUCAGCGAGCGCACUCUAUCGGUCAUUUCUAUACAGCUGAAAUAAAUCCUGAUGUCAUCCAGAUAUUUAAAUCUGUUUUAGAUGGUAGAAAACAGGAACUCUAAUGGACUAAACGUAUGUUUGUGUUAAAACUACUUAAAACACAAGUGACUCUUGCAAAAUGAGCACUUAAACAAGGGUGUUUUGGAUAUUAGACCACAAUAGAGUAUCUAUGAAUGGAUAACCAUCUCAUAUUUGAAUACUGGCUGGUAUUGGCUUCUUUAUGUAAAAGUAUAAUCCCUUGGAUAUUGAACUUUGUAAGUACUUUAAAGUUCAUUGUGACACAGACUAAAUACUAUCAAAAACUGCUACAUACAGUAUGAAUGUUUAUCUACACAUUAUUUGGUAGUAGACGUAUAAUUUAAAGCUAAUAGUGCAUUAUAUACUCACACCAAAAUAAGACAGAAUUUAGUAUAUCCCAAAACAUUUUUCUUAAUAAACAAGAGAACUUUGACAUAAGGUAAAGUUCAUUUUCUACUUAAAAUAUUUUGAAAAAAUGAAAAUUUUAGUUUAAUUUACAGUGAAUCUCAUAAAUU